UGGACAUGUUUGCGAAUGGUAUUUCGUUACCUGGUUUAGCAAAGAAAAUUUUAUCGCGUUACAUGUACAAAGGCUCGAUGUAUUAUUUAAAUGACAUGGAAAUAAUUAAUAUAGUAAAACAAUCGGAAGUUGGCGGGCAGUCGAUAAUUUUUACAAGGGAGAAUAGUAAAAAGCAUCCGUAUAUUGUUGGAUAUGAUUCGAAUUCACUUUACUUGUGGUGCCUUGGCGAAGGACAGUUUGUCGGAAAACCGUCGUUGUACGUUAAUCCUGGUAUUCCAAAUUUUUUAAUUCGAAAGAGUACCGAUUUUACUUAUAAUUACACAAGUCACACAUUCCAAAGUGAUAUGUUGAUGAUAGAAAGGAAAAGGAAAGUUACUAGUUCGAAAGUACAAAGUCAAACAGAAGAAGACUAUUUUGAUUUUAUACAGAAAGAGGUUUACACCGAAAAUAUAAUUUUCAGAAAUUAUAAAAUUGUUUUUACUAAAUAUGAGCAAGAAAUACUGAAAGAAUUAUAUACUAUAAACGAUAUUGGAAUAGAACCUCCGAAAUGUAUUUAUGUGGACGGUUAUGUAAAGGGAGAAAGACGUGUUUUUGAGUUUCAAGGCUGCUAUUAUCACGCUUGCGAAAGAUGUAAUAAAUACGACUAUGUUACGUUCAAUCGUUGGGAUAGAGCAACAAAAAAAAUGGUUGUUAUGAAUGCUGUACAAAUUCGAAAAAUAGACAAAAUUAGAAAAACUUUUUUAGAAAAGUCUCGAAAUUUGAAAGUAACUUUAAUAAUGGAGUGUAAAAUACGGGAUCAUUAUAGGAAUAACGUGUGUGGAUACAAAGAUUUUGUAGACGAAAAAAGAUCGUAUGAAGAUAAGAUGAAAUUUUAUUCUGAUACUGGAAGUGACUAUGUACCAACUGAAUAUGUGAAGGAUAUGUUAGUCGCGGGACAAAUCAACGGAAUUGUUGUUUGUGAUAUUCAUUGUCCGGAGCAUUUGAAAAAGCACUUUGAGGAUUUUGCACCGAUCAUCAAACACGCGAAUAUUAAAUAUGAAGACAUUGGAGAUUAUAUGAAAGAUUUGGCAGAUGAGUUAAAAAUUAUUUUUCCAAAAGAAGGACGGAUCGGUAAUAGAUUCUUAUUUUGGAAAAAAUAUAGCUUUAAUUGAUGAAUAUUUUGUUUGGCUGGUAAAAAAGGGAUUUAUUGUUACGGAGAUAUACGCUUUUGUUCGAUUCAAAAAGGAAGCUAUAUUUCGAGAUUUGCCACUAAUAUCACAAAAUUAAGAAUUGCUGGAGAUAGAGACAGUCUUCAGAAA